AUGUCAGCAACUCCCGGCACAAGACGCCACCGACACACAUCUCGCAACGACCGCACAAGCACAACCGCAAACAGACACACACAAGCACCCUCACGAGCCUCAACCCCUCCCCUCCCAGCCUACGAGCCGCCCAUCGCGCCCCUAAACGCCGCAGGGCACAAUGCGAUCAUCGCGCUCCUGAACGCGCCGUCCCUGCGGCAGCUGAAGACACACAUCCAACGCGCGGAGGAGACACUGACCGAUUCGGCGGGGGAGGUCAACGAGCGGCUUACGGAUGCGCGGGUGCGGUAUCAGAAGGAGAGGGCGCGGAAGCGGAGGAGGGCGAAUGGGGAGACGCCUGGUGCGGAGGGGGUCGGUGCGAAGCAGGAGGAAGGGGAGGAUGACAACGAGGAUGACGAUGAUGGUGAUGACGGGGACGAGAUAAACCGGCUUGCGCGGUUGGAGGAGCAGGUUCAGAGUGUUACGGAGGAAUUGGAGGCGCGGAUGCGGCAGACGAUUGAUGCGGAGGUGAAGCUUGAGGGUUUGAAGGGGGUGCUGGCGGAUAUGGCCAAGGAGGCGGAGGAGGCUACUAUUGCGGGUGCUGGGGCUGGGGCUGCGGAACUGCGGAGUCGGCGGACGAGGCGGAGACGAGGCGAUGACGAGGGGGAUCAGGACCCCGAAGAAGAGGGUGAUGAGGACUACGAAGCGACGCCCGAGCCGCAGAUGACGGGUAUCCCGCCUAGCCGGCGGCUAGAUCAGAAGCUGGAUGAGGAGUCGGCGCGAUGGACAAGUCAAUCCUUGACUCAGAGAUACUCCACGAACAAUGCCUACAUUGGCUUCUACCGCAUCGUUCACGACGCCAAACACCCCGGCGACGACAUCCCGCCCCUCCCACACGCCUCCACUUGGUUUGCGCACAUGGAAGAUCCCCACGCAACUACAACCUCCACCACCGACCAGACAUCGGCCCGCCGCACCCGCCAACGCCGGAGCCCCUCGCCUGCAGACUCGGACGAGAUCGCCAUCGAGCGCGAGCGCAUAUCUCUCAAAUGCCCCCUCACCCUCCUCCCCUUCCGGGACCCCGUCACCAGCACCAAAUGUCCGCAUAGUUUCGAGCGCGAGGCCAUCACCGAUAUGAUAGCACACAGUUCCACAACCGUCCCUGGGCCGCCGUCACGCGGCCGGAGAAAUCGUAUUCGCUGCGUCAAGUGUCCUGUCUGCUCAAUUGUGUUGACCGCCGAAGAUCUGCGCAGUGAUCCUGUCCUGCUGCGCAGAGUGCGUCGCGCCGAAGCAGCAUCACAGCGGGAAGCGGAGGAUGACGAGCUGGAUGCUCAUGGGAACCCCCGGAGGCGACCUCGGGAAGGGCGCAAGAGUGGUAUCACUGUUGCAAGCGAUGAUGACUCGGAAGAGGGGGGUACCACGUAUCAGGAGCCAACCGAUGCUGCUAUUCGGAUCAAGCAGGAAAGAUUGUCGCAGGCUCAAGGUGCGCUGUCAGAUGAAGUGGAUGAUGACGAGUAG